UCGAAAAGUUAUAAAUUUUAUAUAAAUUUACAUAUGGAAAUACAAAAAAUUCUGUUCUUCUCUUUUCUAGUGGGAUUAGCAUGAACCAGAAGCUGUACAGACCCAGCUGCUAUUUCUCAGGCAACAAGCUCAUCCUCAUUCACUAAUGCCAUAUUUACAAAUGGUGUAAUAGGGACAGUUCUGGACUUAGGACCAACUUCUGGAGAUCUAUAUCUUUUUGGGAUGGCCCAAGACCCAUCUAACAAUUAUACUUUUGCAAAGAGAGUUAAGCAAGAUGGAACUGAGACUUAUUCAAAGUAUUACUCCUCUAAUUCUCCAAUCUAUCCUUUCCGUUUUCUGUUUAUGGUAGAUGCUCAAGAAACUUAUUUCUAUUUUGGAGAAUAUUCUCAACCCCUACUAACAUUUAUUGAAACUGCCUGUUCUACAGGGGCUAUCAAUAGGAUUCUUUCGGUGAAAGAUAUUUCAACAAACAAUGAUAACAUAAGAAUCAGCCCAAUGGCAAGUGGAGGAGGGUUCAUUUUUACAGCAACCGAGAACGGGUUAGGUCACAAAAUUCUUUGAAAAUUUCCAGGAGGAACCUCAGCAUUACAAUGAACCCACAUUCCUUUGGACUAUAUUCCUAACUUCUCUAUUGCAAUUGAUGCAAACAGUGUCUACUAUGGGAUGGAAGGAAGUACAGAUGAGAAUGUUUACUAUCAUAAAUCUGAUUUUAGUUUAUCUAAUCCUCAUGUCUGGGCUAAGAAGAUAGCCUGUCCCGGAUCAGGAUGAGUUGGACAAGGAGCUGUAGCGAAGCAUGACCAAUCAAGAAGCUAUUUAUACACUCUUUAUGUUUACAACUCAGUGGCUAUUUUCACAAUCCUAAAUUCCGGUGAUGGAUCUUCUUUUGGAGCUCAAUAUAUAGAUAAUGAUAGCUGCACUGCAGCUUAUGAUAUUACUUACUCUAGUGACCAGGUGUUCAUUUUGACAAGUUGAAGUACAGAGAAACUCUCUGUUUAUAAUUUAACUUCAGGAACUAUGAUAUCUUUUCGAAAUACUGGAUCGAUCAAUUUUGGAGGAGCAGUUGUGGCUAGCUCUUAUUUGUAUCUUCUUGGUUUUGAUGACUCAGCAACAGCAAAAGGAUAUUGGAUAAAAACAUUACAUAAAACUCCAGCUAGUAACUCAGACAUUGUUUCCGGGUCUACAUUUUCAGUUGCAGCAUUUGAUUAUCUUUUAGACACUUUCACACCAAAUACUUCAACUUUUGUAAACGUGGGAUCAAUAUCUGAUUCUGGAGCUGUUGGAAAUACUGAUGUAUCUCUUCCUUUUGUUUCAACAACAUCUGGAAACAUUGCAAUUUACCUGGAUACUUUGACUUAUUCAAAUCUAGCAGCCAACACUCAAUAUAUACUAAAUAUUUACCUGACUUGCUACAUCAGUACUUUAAUUUCUAUCACUUAUGUGCUCGAUGAUGGAAGUGGAGGAUCACCUCUUACAUGGGUCACUCUGGAUUCGACUGCUCAGACAUUGACAAUGAACACUCCUAAUGUGACUACCACAACUUCAUACAAUGUGUAUAUUCAAUCGACAGUCGGAGGAAGUACAUACUCGAGGCAAGUAGUCAUCUCAGUGGAUCCUGAAUCAUCUUCAGGUAGUUCUACGAGCUCAUCUUCCCAAGUUUCUGCAGACGAUACCAAAUUGCAGCCAGAUUCAUUUUCUCAAUCUGCAGAAAUAACGACUGUUACCAUGGUAGGAGCAACUGCUGGGGUCGCAACCAUUAGCACAGUUGCUUUGCAAGGAGGACCUCAAGGACUAUGGAGUAUCAUUCACCAGUUCCAAUUCUACCUGUUGAUUCCUCUACUUAGUUCUACAGUCCCUGACAAAAUCACUGAGUUCUUAGAAGGCAUGGACUUCUGUCUGUUCAACCUCGAUUUCAUCAGCUUCGACUCUUUCCCAGUGUUCGUGGAGGCAGAAAAGCUGAUGGAGUGCAAAUCUGAGUCAGGGUAUCUGUAUGACAUUGGGAUCAGGUACCAGUGAUUGUUUCUGAGUAUGUUCCAGUUCUUUAUGUCACUCUUGCUCGCAAUGAUUGUGCAUGUGGUUAUCAUAAUUUUGUACAUCAAGUUCGGAAAAUACGAAUCCAAACUUUCUUGGCCAAUUAGGUAUUUGUUCAAACUUUUGACUUUGAAUUUCUACAUCCGAUAUUUAGUUGAGGCAUUCCUGAUAUUAAAUCUUGCAAGUUCAAACGAAGUGUAUCUUUCUGAUUUUUCAUCUACUGGCAAAGUGCUCUCAUAUUGCCUCUCGCUAGUUAUUGUGAUAUUGUUGGCGUUCACGAUGGUGCUGGCAUAUAUUAUUUCUCGAAGAGCGGCUCAAGACAAAAUCAAUCUAGAAACUACUUACUUCUCUGAAAUCGUAGAUGGCACCAAAGAAACGUUCUGGGCCAGAUUCGCCACCUUCUUUCACUUGCUCAGAAUAUUCUGCAGCGUCACCUGGAUCGUCAUGAGUGUGUCUUUUGGAGCUGUUGCUAGAGCUACAGUCUACUGUCUAAUUCAGUUUGCCUUUGUCUGCAUCAAAGUCGCAAUCAGGUUUUAUGAGGAGCCUAAAGACAACAUCAUCGAAGUCUUGGAUGAUCUCAUAUAUCUAGGGCUCUGAAUUGUGAUUGUUGUGCAAGCUAACGAAGACAACUGGAAUGAAUCAUUGUCCAACAUUGUUAUCACAGUGAUGACUCUGAACACUUUGUUGAUAUUAGUCAUUAACAUAUUUGUAAUGGUGGUUACACUCUUAAGUUAUUGCAAAACAAAGCAGCGGGCCAGAAUAUCUCAAGACACAACUAUUCAAGAUAAAAACAAGAGGGUUAGAUCCUCGUCAUCUAAAAUAGAUGACACUCCAAGGAAAUCAAAAAUAAGUAAACCAGGGACAGCUAUCAAUGUCUUUGAGGAGGAGAAAUAUGAAGGCACGAGUCGAAACUACGCUUCUGAUUUAACUCCAAAUGAAAUAAAUAUUUCUGAAUAAGC